UGCGUCACAGCUGUAGGGUGGGGGAUAUAUCUCGACAAUCGGAGAGAAUCAGUAGUUUGUUUCUGGGUAUCGGAAAGAUAAAGAUACAAUGAGUACCGUGUCCCUUUGGUUGGCUUAUAUACUGGCCAUAGCCGCUGUCUUUGAUGUUGUGACGUCAUUGGACUGUGACAGUGGAGAGUUUGAAUGUGACGGCGAGUGUACCCCUGGACAGUGGCGGUGUGAUGGUCAGGUCGACUGCUUGGAUGAAUCUGAUGAAGCUGGGUGUGGAGCUGUUGAGUGCACCUCUCGACAGUUCCAGUGUGGGGACGGUGAGUGCAUCAACGGCGUUCUCACGUGCGACGGUAACGCCAACUGCAAAGAUGGAACCGACGAAAUAUAUUGCGAUGAGCGUGAAUGUUUCGACUCGGAAAUCAGCUGUGACAACGGGCGUCGGUGCAUCGACAAGGUCCGCAAGUGCGACAUCUAUCGGGACUGUCUGGAUGGCGCUGACGAGAACGAUUGUGAGUCCAGCCAAUGUCCAGAUGGAGAGUUCAGCUGCAGUGACAUCUACUGCAUCAGCAGUAGCUCCGUCUGCGACGGUUAUCCCCACUGCCCCGACAGCAGCGACGAAGUCAACUGCAAAUCUUGCCAGCCUGGCGCGAAGCAGUGUCCAAAUGGUGAGUGUGUCCCUGCCUUCUUUGACUGUGAAGGUAAAUAGCUGCGACAGCAGAGACGAUGUCAACUAUGACAGCUAUGUGACCAACUGCACCCUACAGAUCACGGCACCAGAAACGGCAUCCAGGUCCUUGUAUAAACAGUCAUUAUGUUGUUGUUUUUCUGGCGUGGAAUAUACUUUUUUGGUUUUAACAACUGUCAAUAAACAAAUACUGUGAUUAUUAUAAAAUGUUA